UGUGGAGACAGCUCAUCUCCCAAAAUGGCGUAGCCCAAUGUUGACAGCGAGACGAGGUUGUAGAUACGUAACAAGUGCAAUUAUUUAAACGAAUUUUAUCGGUAAGAAAAAAAUGUCAAAUCGCGACCCGGAUAAUUUGAUGAGUAUGAGCGACGAGCGGUUCGAUUACCUCUUCAAGAUCGUUUUGAUCGGUGAUUGUGGUACUGGUAAAACCUGCGUCGUUCAGAGGUUUAGAUCUGGGACUUUCAUUGAGAGACAUGGAAGCACGAUCGGUGUUGAUUUCUCAAUGAAGACUGUCAUCGUCGAUGGGAAGAAAGUCAAAUUGCAGAUUUGGGACACCGCUGGACAAGAAAGGUUUCGCACAAUUACUCAGAGCUAUUAUAGAUCAGCGAAUGGUGUCGUCGUAGUUUAUGACAUAACAAAGCGGUCCACGUUUCUCAGCCUUCAGCGAUGGGUCGAAGAAGUUCGAAAAUACACAUCGUCUCAUGUCAUGUUGAUUUUAGUCGGUAACAAAUGUGACCUGGAGAGUCUGAGAGAGGUUGAGAAAGGUGAAGCUGAAGCAGUUUCCGAAUAUCUGCCAGAAGUUUUACAUGUUAUUGAAACUUCUGCAAAAGAAAACACCAACAUUGAUGCGAUGUUCUCGUACCUGGCCUCUGAGUUAAAGCGGCGACACGAAAAUCGUCAGUUUGAGGAAAUGGCAGAGGAAACCGUGAAAUUGGGGGCUGGUCGUGAGUUGUCUUCCUGUUCAAGCUGUCCGUACAAAAUUUUCUGAUAAAAACAAACUUGUCGGAGGUGUUUAGUUGACUCGCUAAAAAAUACCGUAUGUUAAGAUUUUUUUUCAAACGGC